UUGGGUGUAGAGGUGUGAGUUUGUAUAUCGGAAAGUUUCAGCGCGGAAGAGAAAGUAUUUCGCCAUUUUCUCAGAGAGAAGAGCUUUAAAAAGUUGUUUUUAUUUCUAUAAGAGAAGAACAGAAGCUGAAGAUGGGUGUCGGUCUGGUUCUGUGGGGUUCUGUACUGUGCGCGCUCGGAGUUUGUGCUGUCGGAGAGAAACACUCCCUGUUCUACAUUUACAGCGCCCUCAACAAAGACGUAAAUCUAACAGGAAUCUAUGAGUUCACAGCUCUGGGGCUGCUGGAUGACCGAGAGAUCGACUACUACAACAGUAAGGAGCAGAAGAAGAUUCCUAAACAGAGCUGGAUGAUGGAGAAGAUGCAGGAAGAUUACUGGGAAAAAGGAACCCAGUCUCGCAAGAGUAAAGAACAGUGGUUCAAGGUCAAUGUGGAUAUUCUGAUGCAGAGGAUGAAACACAAUAACACGGAUCUUCAUGUGCUUCAGUGGAGACACGGCUGUGAGGUCGAGGAGUCCAAUGGAACAGUGAAGUUUCUGAGAGGGAUUGAUCAGUACAGCUAUGAUGGAUCAGAGUUCCUCUCCUUCGAUGAUGAAAACAUGCGCUGGAUCGCUCCGGUUCAGGCGGCGGUAAUAACCAAGAACAAAUGGGAUGGUGUGGCCAUCCUGAACCAGUACACCAAGGGCUACCUGGAGAAAGAGUGUGUGGACUGGCUCACCAAAUUCAUGGAGUACGGAAAAGAAACACUGAGAAAUCACUCUCCUCCUACAGUUUAUGCGUUUGCUAAGAAAUCUUUGCGAGACCCGAGAAUGCUGACCCUGACCUGCAUGGCUACGGGAUUCUACCCCAAAGACGUGGUGAUGAGCGUGAGGAAGUUCGGCACUUCAUUUCCUGAACAUCUGAUCACAUCUUCUGCAGUCAGACCCAAUGAUGAUGAAACCUACCAGCUGAGGAAGAGUGUGGAGAUACAGGAAGACGACAAAGCUCAGUUCGACUGUUGCGUGAAUCACAUCACCCUCACAAAACCAAUUAUAGUACAAUGGGACAAGAUGAACUCUAACAUCAUAAAAUCGAAGAACGCUGCAGGUUCUGCUACAGCAGGGAUUACAACAUGUGUUCUGCUCAUCAUCAUCGCCAUCAUCGUCUUUAUCUGUGUCUAUUUCCUUAAGAAGAAGAGUGGUGGGGUAGGAAUAUGAUGAAGCUUCUCCAGGUACCGAAGGGAGCAACUAGUCAGGGUGAUUAAUGCUGUUUAAUAACUUGCUAAUUCAUGAUCUCAAGCUGGUUAUGAAACUUGUUGCGCCAAAGGUUUUGACUGAAUUUUCCAGCAUUUUUCUUUACAUUUCUAACAUGAAGUUUGAGAAAACAGUUUUAAAUUCUCUGCAGCAAGCCUGGGCAAUACACACACACACACACACACACAGCUUAAUAAUGCACUGGGAUAAAGUUACAACAGAAGAAAAAAGGUAAAAAUUACAUAUACCUCUUAUUUUAAUGUAAUUUAGCAAGCUGUUAAAAAUUAGACUGGAAUUAUUCAUUAUCAGUUUGCUUUCUCACAUUUCCCCACCAUACUGAUUAACGUGUGUAUUGCAGUAAUAUUGUAUUACCUGUUGUGGUGUUCAGAAUACUUGAGUUAAGAUGUUCUGAUCUAUAACGUUUUAAUUUCAGUUUACUUUAUUAAUAAGCAUCCUCAGAUCGCAUUGAGUGCUGUGUUUUUAAUGUGUAUAUUUGAUAUAUUUUAGUGCUUAUGCAUUGAAUGUAGACAGAAGGGAAAUUGAGUGUUAUAUUAAGUGUUACUCUGUGACUCAAACUGUUUAAAUUGUGGCAGAUAAUAGCCGUUUAUUUUCAUCUUAAUACGGAUAUAACAGAGUCUGAGUCCAGGUGCUUACUGUUUAAAUAUCAGCUGUUUAUAUUUUUUAUUAUAUGUAUUUUUACUGUUUUAUUUUCUGUCACAUUUUUACAUUUGCUGGAUGAGCUGAAUACAGCCGCUUUACCAAAGCCUUUUCAUUUAAAUCAACUAUUGCACUUUUUUUAUAUAUAUAUUUUAUUUGUAUUUUUCUUUUACAGUGUAUUUUAUGUUUACAUAUUUGGUCAAAAUGUUAAAUCUAUGCUGGAAUUCUCUGGAUUUGAACCAGAAAUUAGAGAAUUACCUCUUAAAAAUAGAGAAACAUUAUAAUUGAAAGGAUUGUCUGUCAGUAACCCGGUACUGAAUUGUUUUUUACGCUGUUAUUACAUAUUUUGUAUUUAACUUUUAAUUCUUUGGCAUCUGUAGCAUUAUUUUAUUUCCUAGGGACUUCUGGUUACUUUACCUGCCCAGUGUUUCAGAAAGUGGUACGUGCAGUGUUAAUGUUUAUGAUCUUCUGCUGCUUUUUUAGCUUUUAAAUUAGAUCUAUAUAUUACUAUAUUUUUCUUGAUGCACUUUUUCCUUAAUUUGCAGCAUAAGAACAGAUAUAUAAACGUGUGUGGUUUGAUGUUUAUGGAGAUUGGCAGCUUUUGAUCUGAUGCUGUAUUUUUUUUUAUAUUGUACUUUGAAUUUCACUGAUUUCACUGUUUUAUGAAAAAAUAAAGGCUUUUAUUUU